AUGAAUGAACAAGAUUUUCCAACAUUAAAAACAGUCGAUAACCAUCAGUCUAGAAAAUGGAAUGUCGAACAAGAUCGUACAACAUGCCAACCAGAAAAAUCAUUAGAGGACAUUAAUAAUAAGUUGUCGAAAUUGAUAGACAGUAAUAAACGAGUAGAAGACAAAGUUGAUCAAUUAAAAGCCGAUUUGAAGACUGUUACACUCGAUAUACAGUUACAUCAAGCAGUAUUACUCGAUAGCAUUGAUACUAUGAAAGAUUCUAUUCAGCAAUUUAUACCACCAUUGCUUACGGCUAACGAGUGGUAUACAAGUAGAACAUUGAAUUCAGUUUUACAACAGUGGGAAAGUUUUGGUCUAGCUCCAUCCAGUAAUCAACAGGAGAAUUUAAAAAUUUUAUGUUAUAAUGUCCAAGGGUGGUAUACACGAGCACUUGAAGUAGUUGAUUUAGUGUACGAAGUACAAGCAUCUAUUUGUGUUUUUACAGAAGUAGGAGAACGAUGGAACACAUGCCAGUUACCACAUUUUAACAAGUUUUAUCAAAAGGGUACCAAUCGAAAUGGAGGAGUAUGCAUAGCAGUAGGAAAACAUCUGAAAGCAAUGCGCAUCGAUGUUAACAUUCCAAAUACAGUUAUCAUCGAUAUAACAGGCCUCUCAGAACCAGUACGUAUUAUUGGUAUUUAUUGGCCCACUAGUCAACAGCGUGAUCUUGAUGAUAUUCUUUCCUAUGUAGUAGAAGGCAUCAUUCUAACGGGUGAUUUUAACGCUACAGUGAAGGAAUGGAAUAGUCCAUUAACAGAUAAGAGAGGUUAUCGUAUUUAUCGUGAAUGUGUAAAAAAUAAUUCUUCUCUAUUUAUUUACUCUUCGAAUAGUUUUUAUCCUUGCAUUGCUGUACUAGUUGAGUCACGUGCAGUUGAUUAUCUUGUUACUAUUGUUCAUAAUGUUAAUCAUAAUAUUCCAUUAACAUGGCCAAUUCAAAUAUUUCAUGGAAAAGAUAAUGAAGCUUUUAUUAGAAAUUCAACUUUAGCACCAUUAAUUGCAUCAGGAAAAAUUUUUCUUACCUUCAUGAAUCAAACUACUGAACGUACUAGAACAAGUCAAUUAUUAACAGAUCCAAAAUUUUGGCAACGUGUUCGCGGUGAAAAAAUCCUUCUUUUUCAAAUCGAUUCAGCUAUGUGUUCGAAUUCACCACAUAAAAUUACUGAUUUUCUUCAAUAUGAUUAUAUUGGUGCUCCAUGGGACCCAUAUACGUUUAUAUACAGUAAAGUAGAUUUAGUCGGUAAUGGUGGAUUCUCAUUAAGAACUCGUAGUAAGAUUCUUGCUUUACUUGCACUUCAUCCAUAUGAUAAUAAAUUACCAGAAGAUGUUUGGUAUUCACAGAAUUUACGCCGAGUAAAUGCAUUAAUUGCUCCAGUAAAUGUAGCUAAAACAUUUUCAGUUGAAGCAAUAUAUUAUGAAAGACCAUUAGGUGUACAUCGCUUUCCGUUGCGAUGUUCGAUCCGUCAAAAAAUUUGUGAUACAUGUCCAGAAGCAAUGAUGGUGGUGCCGCCAACAUGUGAACCAAAAUAA